CAAAAAAGCUGCCAACGUCUCUGUUUAAAAGCGUGCUGUCCUGACUGUGUCUUCACCACAACUCAGGAAACAACAGGGACAUGCUUUCCGGCAGCGGGACACCAGGUUUCCUCCUCUGACUCAGAAGAACUUUAUUUAACUCCGCUACAGACUGAGAGUGACAGAACUAGGACAGACAGAAAAUAAAACAGACAAACAAAGAGGCACAAGUUAUCAAAAGCAGCUCGGAGGUCGUGCAGGUGGCGGUUGUGGGCUGUUAAAACACAGGAGGACACGUCUCUGUCUCACCUGGGUCCGACCAGAAAGUCGAAAAAUGUCCGUGGACAGUUAUUCAGCGCUGGACGAGUCUUCUCUUCGAGCCUUGCUGGAUGGAACCAUAGAUCUGGACGAGAGACGCCUCAUCCGUUCAGCCAUCCGGGACUUGAGGAGGAGGGAGAUCGAGGACAUGGAAGCUGCUCUGGCGAGCAAGAGAUUUCGACCCACACGCCUCAAACAGCAGGAGGACAAGGAGAACCAGCACAGGUCCGAAUGUAGCGAAAACUUGGACACACUGUCACGAAAGCUCAAAACAGUCCAGGACAUCGACGAGCUCACAAAAAUGCUUCGUGCCGCCAGUGAAUAUGAGGAGAGGAAGUUGAUUAGAGCUGCCAUCCGACAAAUCCGAGAUGAGCAGCAACAAGUGUCUGUGGAGAAGGUUAAAGCCCCUGGAUGCUGCCGGGAUCGCGAGAGUGUGGAGCCCCAGUGCAGCAUGGGAACUGAAGAGACGGAGAGUCACAGUGAGAGAGAGCGUAUCAGAUCUCGGAUCCGGGAGCAGACACAACAAAGCAGAGAGUUGCAGAAGAAAGGCUCCAACUCAGGUAUGGUGUUGGUGCUCGAUCACCUGGUGAAGGACGAUGGCCCUGGACCCAUGCUGAUCCAGCCUCAGAGAGAGGUUGUGACCACAGAGCCUGACCUGGUCCUGUCUCACCGUCAAAGGUCAGACUCCUCAACUUCAGACCACAGCAUGACUUCAGUGCUCCCCAAGUCCAGUCUGGAUUCGGUGGCCUCAGAAAAUAGCGUGGGCUCAGCCUACAGAGCACGGCUAGACUCCGGAGCCUCAGACAGGAGCCUGAGUUCCUCACAGCGUGUUCGGCAUGACUCUGGGGCAUCGGAGAGAAGUACCAGCUCCCAGUCCUACAUCAGACAGAGACUGGGCUCAGAUGCCUCCGACUCCGGUUCCCGACCCCGUUUGGGCUCCGGGGCUUCCGAUUGUGUCGGCCUUUUUUCAAGAGAACGAAGUGACUCCAGGGCCUCUGACCAGAGCAUGAGUGUGUCCUCUGAGGAGAGGGGUCCAGGAGAGGAGGUGGAGACCACCAUGAGUGGUUCCCCUUGCAGCACAGAUUCAGAAACUGAGAACAGGAGCCAGGGUCCAGCCAGCGUCCUGGCUCAGUCCAGUCAGGAUUGCAUUGCUGAUUUGGAGCAGCCUGAUGGGGCCAUUCUAUCUCGUAGCGGUCCUUCAAAUGGCCAUUUGAGUGACGGCACAAAUGGAAAGCAUGACUCCCAGAACCAAAAGAUAACAGUUAACAGAGAUCUUCCACUCUCUCUUGACAAAGCAAACAACUCUGCACCAGAGAAGAAAGAUGCUAUUUUGCAGCGAUUCAAUGGCACCAACUCUGUACGCGAUCGGAUGCGCAAGUUCACAGAGUCCAGUCAGAGCGCAAAUGUCCCACCUUUGAAGAAAACCCAGCUGAGGAAUGGAACAACCUCUGGCAAAAGUGGCCACAUAAGUAUCUCUGCAGCUGAGAGGUUUACACACUCAGCAGCGUCCCCCAAUACUCCUGGGGACUCAACAUCUCACACAUCUGCCGCAUCGCAGAGUCAGGCCACACCUCAGCCAAGAGGAGGGGCCAGUAAACUACUGUCUUCAGCUGGCCAAUCGCAGAAUUCGGUGGGUGGGACGAGGCAUCCAGCUGAAAAUGAUGUGCAUGCCCACGGUAACUCAAAGGAGGACAAGACCCCAGGGAGAGCAGCUGGACAGCAGGUCACCCAGGGAGAGGCAGACCCGGACAUGAAGACUUUCCUCACCAUUGAGAUCAAGGAUGGGCGCACGACCACCUCCUCUUCAUCCUCGUCAAGGGGCAACAUCGUCCCCAUCACCAGCAUGACACCACGCAUGACCCCAAAUGCUCUGGGGCAGCGAGCAGAGUUAACCCUCGGCCUAAGAGCAACGCCCUUCAAGAUCCCGUCAUCCAGCUUCUCCUCUGGAUCCUCCAUCAAGAUUGAGACGGAGCCUGUCACGGCGUCUGAGCCGGUGUUUUCAUCAGGAUCGUCCGUUCAGGUGACUUCUCAAGUCCCAGCCUUUCACAAUGGCUCCAGCACUCCGGCCAAACUGGAGGAGCGCUCCGGAAAACUGACUGCCGAGCAGCUGGCUGCCAUCGAGGAUGAAGAGCUCCUUGACAAAAUGCUCGAUGAGUGCAAGGACUUUGAGGAGAGGAAGUUGAUCCGUGCAGCCAUGAGAGACCUCCGCAAGAGAAAGAGGGAGGCCAAGCUUGGAUGUACUCAAGAGGAAAUAGAUCAGAGAGAAAAGGAGCGUGAGACACGUCUGCAGGAGCUGCGGCAGCAGAGAGAGGACCGUUCACAGAAAACUCGCACAGGGGUUGGAGCAGGAGAGGUGGUGAUGAGGAAGGUAGAGAAGUCGGCAGAUGGCUCCACCCUCAGUCAAGUCACAAAGACGGACCGCUUUGCCCAAUCUGGUGAUGGGAACAGAUCAACACGGAGCACUGUUGUCGAGGCCAGUUAUGUUCAGAAAACAGACAGAGGAACAGUCCAGUCAAAGUCCUACAGCUUCACAUCUUCCUCUUCUUCCUCUAACACGAGUAAAAAAGUGGGCAGUGUCUUUGACCGCGAGGAUGAAACAUCGACUCGCAGUGGCAACGGUGGGGUGGCCGCCUUGGAACGAAGACAGGCGGAGAGACGCAAGGAGCUGAUGAGAGCUCAGACGAUGCCGAAGACUUCUGCCAUGCAGGCCCGCAAGGCCAUGAUAGAGAAGCUGGAGAAGGAAGGAGGCGGUCCGGGCAAUCAGGCUGUGGCCAAGGUAAACAAAGUGCAGCGUUCCACCAGCUUUGGUGUACCCAACGCCAACUCCAUCAAACAGAUGCUGCUUGAUUGGUGUCGUGCCAAGACCCGCUCAUAUGAGCAUGUAGACAUUCAAAACUUCUCAUCCAGCUGGAGUAAUGGCAUGGCGUUCUGUGCCCUGGUGCACAAUUUCUUCCCAGAAGCUUUUGACUACGACUCCCUGAGUCCCAGCAACCGCAGGCACAACUUUGAGGUGGCCUUCAGCACUGCAGAGAAACUAGUGGACUGUCCCCAGCUGUUAGAUGUGGACGACAUGGUGAAGAUGCGGGAGCCGGACUGGAAAUGUGUGUACACGUACCUGCAGGAGUUCUACAGGGGCCUGGUGACGAAUGGCCUGGUUAAAACCAAAAACUCAUCCUAGAGUCGCACGCCACCUAAAAGUGAACCCAUGGACGUGCGUCAACUGCAUGCCCUUGUUGGAAGUGGAGGACAUGAUGAUCAUGGGUAACAAGCCCGACUCCAAAUGCGUCUUCACCUACGUACAGUCUCUGGUUAACCACCUGCGCCGACACGAGAUGUCCAUGGGUCGACCCUAUGACCUCUGACCUGUGCUCAGUGAGCACUCGGCCUCGACAUUGUGGUUUCUCUCCCGACCGCACAGACAAGUUGGAGAUGAUGUGUGUGUAUAUACCUGUGUGUGUGUUUGUGUGUCAGAUUAUCUAUGUUGUCACUUCUCUUCCGGACACAGAUUAUCGUCAUAGAAUCCACCUGGCUCUUGUCAGAGAGGUCGAAGUUAUUCUACCUUUUUUUUAAAAGCUUUAAAAUUUAAAACAAACUCUAAAAGCGUUGCUUCAGGUAAUAUUUAAACAUUAACGCUACUUAAAAAACACCUCAGAAAAGAUAUUUAAUAAUUUAUGUAUUAUAUAUAUAUAUAUACAUAUAUAUGUAUAAUAUGUAAUAUCUGUAUUUUUAACAUUGACCCUUUUUUAAAUUAUUUUUUCCUGCUACACUUUUGUAAUUAUUUUAAGUAUUUUGCAAAAAGCUAGUCUGCCGAGGAUAUGAUGCGUUAUUUGUUCUUCAUUUUGGUACUUUUUCAUUUUGACCAAACUCUCUAUAUAUUCAGUUAUAUUACUAUUUAAUGCAUGUGCACAGGGAUGUUUUCUCUUCACAGCGUUGCGCUGAUGUUUUGCCGGCGCUGAGUAAUUGUAACAUUCUCCCUUAGUGCUACUGACACAGUUGAGGUUUUUUUGAUAAUUUUAAGAUGAUUCUUAAGGUAGAAACACAUGCAGUUUUCUUUUUUGAGGUGUGGUUUGCAGAGUGAGUUGUAUCGUUACUUUGUUCAAUCACUGCUUGACUGUACGAAAAAAAAAAAACAUUAAGUCAUUAAGCUUCAGCCAUGACGAUGUUUUGUGUCAGUUCACAGGCCUGAUGAAAGCCGGCUUUCAGUUUUAACACAAGUAAACCAUCACUGAACUCGACUGUACAUGAAGCCAAGGAAAAGUUCUGAAUUAAGAUUUUUUAUUAUUAUUGUGCUUGUAAAAUUUUAAAGGUUCCUUUUUGAAAAAAUGUCUAGGAAUUUUUAGUAGAAAUGGAGAACUUAUGAGAAUAAUUUUCCUGUUUUUUUCCACUGCUUUCAACUGAAAAACAAAACUCUCCCGUCGAGUAAAGCAGAGAGUGCUGUAUACAAGAGCUCAGACACGUUAGAACUUUCAUGUUUCUCUGCACCACAGUUAAAUGUGAAUUAACGAUUAAACCAAUUUGAGGAAUGGAA